CAGAGAAACACCUGUAUGACGUCAUUCAACAGCAUCGCGAGCCUUCACGACCGACCGCGGCAAGCAGUACUCUGGAGGAGAGACUGCUGCCCCUUUAAGUAACAAACGAUUACAAGUAAACAACUUCAAUGAGGAUUUAUUGGAAUUUUGCAGGAACAUUUACCGUGAAUGUGAAGAUAACUGCAUCUCAAUUCUGUGGAACGGGGUAAUUUUUGGGUAGCGCACGAGAGGGUUACUUGCUAGCUGACUGGUUAGCAUCGUUCUCGCUAACUAAACAUGGUGGCCAGUGAACGAAAAGAGCUCUAAAAUAUUUAAGAAAAGCUUAUUGUUGAAUGGUGAGACAUUGUUGUAACCUUUUUACACAUACUAAAAAUCUUGGCUGGAUUUGCAGACUUCAAAUGCACUUUUCGGUUAAUCUGAAUAUCCCAAAAGGAGUCAAGCUGCCCCGACACAAUUGCCAUGCAUUGGACAACCCGUUUGAAAAGUUAUAAUUAACGUUACGUUUUCGUUAUGUUCUACAAUGUAUUAUAUAUAGACGAACACAAACCUUGAACAACGAUUUCAAAUGCACAUUAGGAUUUCUCUCGUGGAACAACACCACUCUCUCAAUUCCAAUGUGACCAUGGUUGUAACAUUGUUACUGAGCUGAGAUAACGGCUACAAAAUAACAUUUUUAUUCUGCAGAGAAAUCAUUUGCUCAUCUGUACUGGAAAUAUUGUUUCAUUAAGGAAAUUACCACUGUUUGGCAAACAUUUCUACUCGUACUGAGAACAUGCACUGCGAGACGUUAUGGAUUAUCACGUAGUCCGACACGCACACAAUCCAGAAUUUGGGAAUUGGAACCAAGUGAUGGUUUUCAGAUUUGGGAUUUUAAAAUGCUUCACACAAGACAUUGUUUACCUUCAAUAGAAUUUAGAGGACUUGCAGAGAAAAUUACAUGGAGACUCGUCUGACAUGCCAAGGAAGGAGUUACCACUACCAGAGGGUUGGGAAGAAGCCCGGGAUUUUGACGGGAAAGUCUACUUCAUCGACCACAUCAAACACGCUACUAGUUGGAUUGAUCCAAGAGACAGAUUCUUCACCGUCUGAAGAGAUGAAGAGAUGUCUAGCCUGGUGUCGUCCUCUUCAGACAAACUGGAAGAGGUCUUGCAUUCCAAUGAACAACCAGCAGACUAAACCUCUGACAUUUGCUGACUGCAUUGGAGAUGAGCUGCCUGUGGGUUGGGAGGAGGCCUACGACCCCAAUGUCGGGGCCUACUAUGUGGAUCAUAACACAAAGAGCACUCAACUGGAGGACCCGCGUGCCCAGUGGCAGCGGGAGCAGGAGGUCAUGCUGCGGGAGUACCUGGACGUGGCCAAGGACGCGCUGAGUGCCCAGAAGGAGAUUUACCAGGUGAAGGAGCAGCGCCUGCGCCUGGCCCAGCAAGAGUACCUCCAGCUCAACAACGCCUGGAGGGACAGGUCCACCUCCCAGACCAGCUUGAAUUCCAGAUCAUCCUCCAGCAGUAAAUAUGACCCAGAAAUCCUCAAAGCCGAGAUUGUCACUUCCAAAAGUAGGGUGAAUAAGCUGAAGAGAGACCUAGCCUGCAUGAAACAAGAGUUGCAGUACAAAGAGCAGGGCUUUGAAACGCUGAAAGAGAUCGACCACAAGGUGUCCAGCGUGCCUUACGGUGUCAAGCUUCACGAUGAGCAGGCCACCCUGAACGAGGUCAAGUCCAUCCGGGACGCCAUCAGCUCCGGGGAGAAGGAGAAACAGGAGCUCAUGCAGAAACUAGCAGUGCUUAAGGAUGGCUUCCAGUUGGACUCGGUGGGUUCUCAGUCUGACCUGUGGGGAAGCAGCCCCUCCCUGGCCAACUCUGAGCUGUACAUCCCCCGCCUCUACUCCGAAGCCGGAUCCCAGACCAACAUACCUGCUGAGUUUGUGACCAACACCAACAACUUGGCAGAGAAGGUGCGACUGAGCCUGAAGUAUGAAGAAGCAAAUAGAAGGAUUGCCACCAUCGAGGUGCAGAUAGCCAAGCUGGACAGUGAGGCAUGGCCAGGGCUGCUGGACCCAGAGCGUGACCGCCUCAUCCUCAUCAAUGAGAAGGAGGAGCUACUCAAGGAGCUGCAAUACAUCAAGCCUUGCAAGAAAGUGCCCAAUGACCAGGAGAAGAUAGAGACACAAAAGAAAAGGCUUGAGAGAGACCUGCAGGCUGCCAGGGACAACCAGAGCAAGGCCCUGACCGAGAGAUUAAGAUUGCACUGUAAGAGGAACAAGCUGGUGAGAGAGCUGGAGGAGAUGGUUCGCCUGGCCUCAUCACUACACACUCAGCUCAAGAGUCUUUCGGCCAGCACACUGUCGUGUUCCUCAGGCAGCAGCCGUGGCUCUCUGACCUCCAGCCGGGGCUCUUUGGCCACCACGUCAUCCCUGGGCUCCACCUCCUCCCUGAGCUUCACAGAUAUUUACCUGGAGCAGCCUGAGCUGGGAGACCCAGACUUCCAGAACAAAUUGGACUCCCUACUGCAGGAGGGUGGCCUGGGGGUCAGCUACCGGCCCUCCAGCUCCAUCACCACCAUCCACGAACACGAGGUGGUCGCUGGGGGAGAGAGAGCGGGCGACAAGGGGGGUGUUGUCGGUGGGGGAGCAGAGGCCAGAACCAGGCUACAGGCGCUGAGACUAUCAGAGACGCCAAGGUCGAUCAGUUCACUGUCGCCGAGGUCUUCGAUGUCGUCACUCUCGCCGCCCUGCUCGCCACUGGUCACGGACUCUAUAUUCCUCUCCGGGGAGAGGUUUGCGGGACCAGGGGGCCCAGGUGGGGGACUAGACAUGGAGCUGCAUAGCAGGCUGACUGAGCUGGGGCUGGACAAGGAGGAGCAGCAGCACCCUGGAGGGGUGGAGGAGGAUGCCACUACCAUAGUUGGAGAGAUGUUUAAAGAUGCCAUAGUGCAAGCCAGAGGGAUGGUGGGGGCGGGGCCUAAGAAGAUGGGCGUGAUGUCAGCAGUGUCUGAUGAGUCGGUGGCGGGUGACAGCGGGGUGUAUGAGCCCUCAGAGACGAGGUCAGUCCUCCCUGCAGAGCUGCUGCUGGGCUAUGAGGAGAGGGGAGGACCACUAGGCUGUGCCCAGGUCAGACUGGGCCUGAAGUACGAGGUGAAAGACAAGCGCUUCACCAUGUUCGUCAUGCAGCUCUCCAAUUGCAGCGUCCUCGUACUGCCACCAGACCACAAAAUAUACAUCCGUGUGGCGGUGCUCCCGUGCUCAGAGUCCACCUGCUGCCUCUUCCGGACGCGCGGCUCUCUACCCCAGGACAUUGUGGAGGUCAAUGAAGUCUUCGGUGUCCAGAUGGCCCACAAUGCCCUGCGGCAGAAGACCCUGAGGGUGGACAUAUGCCACACCAGCCUGUCUGGCCGUGAGGAGUGUCUUGCUGGUGCUCAGAUAAGCCUGGCUGAUGUCAACACCUCUGGGGAGAGAUGUGUCAAGAGCUACAACCUCCUCAGCUACUCCUUCAUGCCCCAGAUCAAUAACAAGGACAAGACUGGGACGGCUCGGCAGUCUGAAAGGAGCUCUGUCCCCACCACAGAGAGAGUAGCAGGCAGUCUGGAGGGUGACCCAGAGGAGGAUGAAUGUGUUUCAACCCUGUACAGGCACAGUGAAGAGCUGGAAGGUGAAGUGUUUGAAGAUGAAGAAAAUGACCACAUAGAGGGGGCAGGACCUCUAGAGGAAGAGGAGGGGCUAUAUCCUGACAGCAGCCAUUGGGAGGGAGAGGAAGUGACAACCAAACCGACUGGAACAGGAACCCUGGCUGAGAGGGUGAACAAGGAGACCAGUACCGGCCACCACCACCAUGUCUCCUCCUCGGUGGUCCGGCCAAAGGAGCGUCGGCCCCACCAUGUUCCCCAGCAGAAUGCCUUCUUCCAGGGCAACACCAUCAUCCGCUCCAAGACCUUCUCCCCUGGGCCCCAGAGCCAGUACAUCUGCCGGAUCAACCGCAGUGACAGUGACAGCUCCACUCUGUCAAAGAAGUCUCCUUUCGUCAGGAACGCAUCAGAGAGACGCAGCAUGCGCAUGAAGAAGCCCUCGGUGCCGGUGCGGAGCCUGGACGGGCUGCUGCGGACCAGUCUGGACCUAGAGCUGGACCUGCAGGUGUCCAGGACGCGCCACACGCGACUGGCCCAGGAGCUGCGUGUCCUCAGGGAGCUGAAGGAGCAGCUGGAGAGAGCCCGGCAGCAGGGAACCAGAGAUCUCCCCACCUGGGUGCAGGACGACGAGCGCUUUCGUCUGCUUCUCAGACAGGCCGAGAAACAGACCCGUGAGGAGCAGCUGCAGGAGCAGAGGGUGGAGAAGAUGAUGCGUGCUGCGGCCAAGGAUGUCCACAAGCUCCGAGGCCAGAGCAGGAAAGAGAUGCCUGAGGUCCAGUCCUUCAGAGAGAAGAUGGCCUUCUUCACUCGAGCAAAGACCAACAUCCCUGAUCUGCCUGUCGACGAUGUGUAGCGCAUUUCAAGUAUUCCAGUCUUAACUGCUGUUUCCAAGCAGAUGACUCUGACGCAGACUUCUGGUGGUAUUAUGAAGAAUGGAGAAUAAUAAAAUAAUAAUGUUUAGGAAAAAAUACCGUCACAUUUUUUUUGAGAUCUCAUUUUGCUAAUCUGUAUAGUUGUUUGUGUUCGCAACUAGAGCAUUGUUUUCUUCCACUCUCUCUGUAGCAGUAUUGUUACUGUUACUAAUAAGUGGAUGUUGGAAGAGACCGUUCGAUGUUUUAUGGUAAAAUCGUAAUUCCAAUACACACCAGCCCUUUCUGUGUGGAAUUUGAAAAGAUAAAGAGAGAUGCUGUUCUGUUCUUUAGCCAGGACCACUUAUUUGUUGUAGUCUAAGAUGUGGAUAUUGACCCCCAGAGGUACUUUACAUUAUUUAUAGCACAACACAUCUACAAAAUCAAUAUUGUUAUUGUAUGAUGGUGUACUAUGACCGAAUGUGUGGUUGUACAGUAUACUGAAACUGGCUGUCUGUCCCUAGUCACACUGCACAUGGUUCUCAUAGUAACCCUCACUGGUGCACACACCAUCUCUCAGCAUUGUGUAGGAAGUGCACUGACUCUCACCUAUACUCAGGUAGUUUAUUGGAUAGUUUGUGCACUUUUAAAAUGGUCAUCUAUAAAAGAGGAUGGAGGCGUUGAAGAAGUGGGAGGAGUGCUCCACUUCAGGCUGGAGUGAUUGUUGAAUCACCGCCUAACAAAGCACAUGAUUGUGAAAGACAAAAGAGGUGGAGGAGAUAACUCUUGUAUUUAAUGAAGAUCAUUGCUGGUGAUAAACUCCCCAUUGACUGUAUGAUUUAAAACGGUAGUGAAGUGAUCCAAAAACCAUGGAAUAACUGAGGACUCUAAAGUAUAUCUUAGCCUAAAGUCUGAUCACUUUUCCUGCUCUCAUCCCUUUUACCCCUUCCCUUAAAUUCUUUGUAACUGGACAUGUUGAAGACCCAUACAAACAGUAUCCCAAUUGUUCUUCUGCUAUCUUUUUUUGCAUCUCUCAACUGGACUUUCUAUAUGUAAACCUUACCUUAUCACACUAACUGGGAUAUUUGUCGAUGAGCCCUCUUCCAAAGAGGAUCUUCCCUUCCAGUCUGGGGCAGUACUAGGGACCCCUGUUACACUGGCAAAGCUUUAGUACAUACAGAGAUGAAUAAGAUCAGGUCUGCCUCUGUAUCCAUCCUGCAUGGAGCAUUGUCUCAUCAAUGACCACAGGAAUUGGCAAGACCGCACAAACAGAUCUGGGACGAGGCUACACUUCUAGUCUAGCAGCCAUGUUUCCCAAUAUAUCUCUCUGUAAGCAGACAUAACAAAGUCCUCCUGAGGAUUUCAUUUUAUCUCUGCAUGGUGCUCUCUAUGUGCCAGAGGUAUCGUUGAACAGGCUUACUGUUGGAAGUACAUAUCUGGCUCUGAUUGAUCACGUCUGUGAUCUUCACAGGCGACUAGUGGUGUCUGUGUUAAUGAAAUGUGAUGAAGAAGUGAAAUGUGUAAGUGGAUCAACUGGCAGUACAGGGAGAAAUCAGAGGGCUUUUAACUAGGCUACUGGAAACGGUACAGGAAGAAAUCAGAGGACUGUAACUAGGCUACUGGAAACAGUACAGGAAGAAAUCAGAGGGCUGUAACUAGGCUACUGGAAACAGUACAGGAAGAAAUCAGAGGGCUGUAACUAGGCUACUGGAAACAGUACAGGAAGAAAUCAGAGGGCUGUAACUAGGCUACUGGAAACAGUACAGGGAGAAAGCUGUAGACUAGAUCAGAACAGUCAGCUUGCUACUCUCUCUCUGUAAACACUUAAUAAUGGAUGGCAUUUCAGAUGAUAGAGAUGUCUUGGAUGUUGGUUUGAAGGGGUGGUCAUAAGGGGAUAUGUACAAGGGCCCCUGAACACAUGCAAAUGUCUGGAGUGUUUUGGUGAUUUUAGAUGUUUGAGAUUAGUUUUGCUUUUCAUCAAAUCCUACUCUCCCACACCCUUUUUUUAUGUUGACCAAACAUGAUUGUGUGAUACCAAUUAUAUUGGGCCUGAAUUACAAUCUAAUGAUAUUGGAGUAGCCAGAAAUGUAACCUACUUUUCAACAGAAACAUAGCUAGCUUCUUUCCCUCUCAAUAGAGCACUUUUUUGCACCAUACGUAGAGAGCACCCCAAGAUCUGAUAUACAGUCAGAGGCCACUUAAAGCUCAAUACAACAUUAGGCUAGUUCGAACUCUGUGGUGAUGUAGUGAUUUGUCCAAUCCACAACAGCCAGGAUAACAUUGAGACAGGUUCAUGCUUCAUAGAAUGUUGAGCAUAAUGACUCUGAAUAUGGAGAGGAGUCAGAGUGGAAUGAAAUCACAUGCCCAGCAUCUCAAUUUGUAUAAUAGCACAAGACCUUAGUCUGAUUUUUUUGAUGGUCAUGAAUUCGCACUAAUGUUCUGCAAAUGAUGAGUAGAGAUUCACUUGUGUCCAGUGUCUCACCCCAAUGGAUAUUGCUCUGUAGUUUGAAUACAUUCCAUGUUUCAUACCCUUUACAGAUAGAAUAAUACCCCGAUUUGAACAUCAGAAAUGAUUUUCUACUCCACCCCAUACUAAUAAUGUUAGAUCAGACAAUUGAAUUCCUUCACUGCUUUUUUCCUUACUGAUAGUCUGAAGUUCACAUGCCAUUCCAUAAUGCACUGGUUGUCUUUUUCCGCCGCCUUUGGUUUCAUGGCGUUCGCACAUUUGGUUUGCAUGCUGCCACAUAGUGUGUGGUCAAUCGCGUUACACGUCAAAAAAGAGAAGUGGGAAAAGGAACAUAUUGCACCACCAACUAAAAGGCGCUGCAUGGUCAAUCUGAUGUCUGCAUGGUCAAUCUGAUGUCUGCAUUGUCCGUGCAGCAUUUAUGGUGAUAUGGCCUCUGCAGAAGUCGGGGCAUUCAUGCUUCGCGGAGCAGUGCAGAGCUGUUGUGAAGGAUGGGGUCAAGGAAGUGAGUUUGUGUUUAUACAGUUUGUGUUCAUAAAAAUCACCACCCCAUUCCACUACUUUCACCCUAACUGAUCCUACACUACAUUUGUAAGUCGCUCUGGAUAAGAGCGUCUGCUAAAUGACUUAAAUGUAAAUGUAAAUACACUAGGCCUGGGAGGACGGGACUCUUUUCGCUGCCUCAGCAUAUGACACCUUCUGUUCUACUCUGACCCUGGCAACCUCAACCUGUCUUUCUUGCAUCGGGCACUUCUGAUCCCCAGCAACAUGGGCACCUCCACAAUGGACACUUUUUUCCCCCCACUGAUACUACACAUUCCUUUGUCACUUGCCCUCCUGCACACUUCUCAUCUCAGAAUCUCCCUCCAAUACACUGCUGCAAUAUGACCAUAAGUUUGGCAUCUGAAACACAGUGGGUUCUGCACAAAGGCUCUCACGGGAAAGCUGACAUAUCCUAACAUUACCUUUAUCAGGUGAAAAGGACAGACAGCAUCUUCUGAGUUUCACCACGCUCGCCAACGGGUCUGUGUCGCAAAUGGCGGGCAUCACAGACGCAGAGAAUCUUACAUUUCAGUUGCUCCACCUCUAAACUUAACGCCACUUUUGUAAUCACUCCUUUCAAACCUCCGCCACGUGUGUUCUGGCUUUGGCCCAACCCAUCAGUUUCUAGACGGCCCGAAAUAUGUUGCAUUUGGUGAAGUGUCAGGAACGUACGCCUAUCCAGACCAUAGAGAAAGAGGAAUCAUCUUUGUAUUGGCCAUUAUAGUGUAUGUGACAGCAUGGGCAGCGCCAUUGAGGCGAUUUCCAUUUUGAAGUAAUUGAUUUUCUUCAUGAUUUUGCUGAUCUCUCCUGAUGACCCGGUUGGACAUGGAAGUCCCACCCAGCUGACUACAUUAAAAUGGUAGAAGUCCUCAAUGGCGCUGCCCAUGUUAAUAUGGCCUUUUGACCACUAGAGGCCUCUAUCAUUCUUUAUGAUCCAGACUCAUUGCAGAGAAUAAACUAAAGUCUGUGGUCGUGGCGUAGUGUUUGACUGGAGCAGGAGCCUGGGUAGCCAGGCAAAUCAGAGGAAACCAUCAGACAAACUCCUUGAAUACCCUACUCUUUGAAGUUUGCUCAACAAAUUGUUUUACCCUUUAGUGUGUGUACUUUAAUGUAUUGAUACUUGGGAUAUUGCUUUUUAAUAGGAAAAGUUACAAAAUUGCUGCUGGAGGACAUCUUUAAAAUGCACUACAUGACCAAAAGUAUGUGGACACCUGCUUGUCAAACAUCUCAUUCCAAAAUCAUGGACAUUAGCAUGUAGUUGGUUCCCCCUUUGCUGCUACAACAGCCUCCACUCUUCUGGGAAGGCUUUCCACUAGAUGUUGGAACAUUGCUGCAUGGACUAGCUUCCAUUCAGCCACAAGCAUUAGUGAGGUCAGGCAAUUAUGUUGGCCAAUUGUCAUGCUGAAACAGGAAAGGGUCUUCCCCAAACUGUUGCCACAAAGUUGGAAGCACAGAAUUGUCUAGAAUUUCAUUGUAUGCUGUAGCGUUAAGAUUUCCCUUCACUGGAACUAAAGGGCAUAGCCCAAACCAUGAAAACAGCCCCAGACUAUUCCUCCCCCACCAAACUUUAUUUUUUAUUUUUUUAUGUAUUAAUUUAGAUUUUAUUUGUUAUACCUUUUAUUUAACUAGGCAAGUCAGUUAAGACUGUAUAGGAACAAUGGGUUAACUUCCUUGUUAAGGGGCAGAACGACAUAUUUUUACCUUGUCAGCUUGGGGACUCGAUCUUGCAACCUUUUGGUUACAAGUUCAACACUAACCACUAGGCUACCUGCCGCAUAGUCCGUCGGACUGCCAGAUGGGGCGGCAGGUAGCCUAGUGGUUAGAGCGUUGGACUUGUAACCGAAAGGUUGCAAGAUCGAAUCCCAAGCUGACAAGGUCGUUAACCAACUGUUCCUAGGCAGUCAUUGAAAAUAAGAAUGUGUUUGUAAUUGACUUGCCAAGUUAAAUAAAGGUUAAAAAUAAAAUGAAAGGUGAAGCGUGAUUCAUCACUCCAGAGAACGCGUUUCCACUGCUCCAGCCGACGCUUGACAUUGUGCAUGGUGAGCUUAGGCUGCUCGGCCAUGGAGACCCAUUUCAUAAAGCUCCCGACUAACAGUUCUUGUGCUGACGUUACUUUGAGGCAGUUUGGAAAUCUGUAGUGAGUGUUGCAUCCGAGAACACGAUUUUUACGCGGUCCUGUUCUGUGAGCUUGUAUUCUACCACUUGGCGGCUUAGCCGUUUGGGCUCUUAGACGUUUCCACUUCUCAAUAACGGCACUUAUAGUUGACUGGGGCAGCUCUAGCAGGGCAGAAAUGUGACAAACUGACUUGUUGGAAAGGUGGCAUGCACGCUGAAAGUCACUGAGCUGUUUUUCUAUGUAGAUGGCUGUGUGCUCAAUUGUAUACGCCUGUCAGUAACGGGUGUGGCUGAAAUAACCUAAUCCACUAAUUUGAAGGGGUGUCUACAUACUUUUGUGUAUGUAUAAGGUGUUACAAAAAGUUUUAGUUUGGACCAUUUCUAUCCUUUCACAAUUUUACAAACUGUACAAUGUUGCACUUCACCACUGUAAAGGAAAGUCACUAUUCAUGGCACAGCAAUUUAUUCUACAUGAACUGCAUACUGUGAAUGGAUCCUUUGGAGAGUGUGCCUUUUUAGAUUAAAUAUGAUUUUAACCUGAGGCGAAAAUGUGGUCACCAUCCAAAAACAGAUAACACUACUUUUUGUUGCCUCAAAUAACGUGUACUGUUUGCAUUUGAAUGUGAACUGUUUACUUUUUAAAAAUCAUGAUUUACUCCAGUGUAGAGAGAGUAAACUAAUCAGAGGUCUUAUAUUAGGACUUCUUAUUGGAUUUCAGUGUGGAUGGAACAGUGCUAUCUAUAUGUGAUUAACUGAAGCUAGCCAUGAUUGACUAGAUGGUUUGUAACUUGGAUCUAAAGGCUUAAAUGUACUAUUAUAACACCACCCAGCAUGUGUAUUGUUGACAGAAGUGGUCAAUAUAAUCAGAAAUUAACGAUUAAGUAAGUCUUACUUCAAGUCAUCAAAAACCAUCACUGUCAGAACCUGAAGCUGGUAGCAUUGAAUGAUUUGUCGUCAUGUAGGAUGUGAUAUAAUUAUUGUUUUGAAGUUCAAGUGCAUUUUUGUUUUAUUAUUAUAAAGUUUUAAUCUGUUGUAUUAAGGAUGGCAAAGAACCUGGUAUGUGUAUGGAAAUUAUUUGAGAAAUGUAUUUAUUGCACUUUCUGAUUUGGGUGUGUGGUGUUUGUUUCCUUUCUCGUGAGACUCCUGAAAGCUGUGAAUUUUAUCAUGGACACUGUACCGUCAACCAGAAUUGUAAAUAUUUCACCAGCACAAAAAUGUUUUGUAGUUUCACAACAAGUAAAACAAGUUUUUUUUUGUUCUA